AAACGAGCUAUCCAUCAACCAUAAAUAAAGAUUCCUGUUUGGACCGACAAACCAAGGUCAACCAAAUCAUUAUAAAACUUCGGGACAAUAGUAUACAAAGAAUCACAGAAACACACCGAUCAUACGAUCCUCUUCAAUAUCCAUUAAUAUGCGUAUAUGGCGAAGAUGGCUAUCACUUUGGAAUUCCCCAAACACAAGGGAACAAAACAGUGUCAUGUAUGGAUUUCUACGCCUACACUUUUAUGGUCAGAGACAACUACUUCAAUCAUUUACACCGAUGUCAAGACUUAUUUCAACAGUAUGCUGUUGAUAUGUAUGCAAAGGUGGAAGCAGAGCGCCUUUUGUAAAUAAAAACACACCAAAAAGAAUUACGCGUUGAUUCAUACAUACAUCUCAGGAACAGCGUUAGUAAUGAAAACACCGAAAUAACUGAUGUAGGGAAAAUAUGUAUUCUACCAUCCAGUUUAACAGGAAGUCCAAGAUACAUGCAUGAACGGACCCAAGAUGCCAUGAGCUAUGUGAGGACUUAUGGGAAACCUGAUCUUUUUAUAACGUUUACAUGUAAUCCUACUUGGAAAGAGAUGAAAGAAGAACUCUUUCAUGGUCAGUCUGCGAAAGAUCGUCGAGAUCUGGUAGCAAGAGUAUUUCGACAAAAAAUAAUUAAGAUGAUGAAUCUUAUAAAAAAAUGUAUUAUCUUUGGUUCAAUACGUUGCGAUAUGUAUACGAUAGAGUGGCAAAAACGAGGCCUACCUCAUGCGCAUAUACUAUUGUGGCUUAACAACAAAAUACAUUCUAACCAAAUUGACUUAAUUAUUUCUGCGGAACUGCCAGAUCCCAAUACCGAUCCAGUUCUAUUUCAUAUCAUUAAGAAAACUAUGGUACAUGGUCCAUGCGGAAAUUUGAAUGCCAAUUCUCCAUGUAUGGUAAACGGCAAAUCUAUCAAGAGACAUCCGAGACAGUUUGUAAAUGAAACGCAAACUGGAAUAGAUGGCUAUCCACUUUACAAAAGGAGAAAACCAGGGCAUGGUGGAGUGUCUACGAAAAUCAAAGUCAACAAUGGUAUCGAGGUUGAUAUUGACAAUAGAUGGAUAGUUCCUUAUUGUCCACUACUUUCAAAAGCUUUUGAGGCUCAUAUAAAUGUAGAAUUUUGUAUUUUUAUAAAAUCUAUAAAAUACGUUUGCAAGUACGUAAAUAAAUGUUCCGAUGCGACGAUGUACGCUCUUCAGAAUCCAAACUUAAACGAUGAAGUAACCACCUACCAAUGUGGAAGAUACAUAAGCAGCAGUGAAGCUUUUUGACGAAUUUUGGGUUUCCCUAUCCACGAGCGACAUCCUGCAAUUCAACAGCUCAGUGUCCAUUUAGAAAAUGGCCAAAUAAUAUACUUUACUGAACAACAUAUUUUACA